AUGAACUGGAUAAAGGUGUUUGACGAAGAUGAGGUGGGAGAUGAGCGAGAUAAGGAUUUUCACGUAUCGUCGUAUUAUUGGAAGCUUGUGAUAGAGUUUGAGAGUCUGAUGGUGGUGGAGGGAUCGAAGAUGUUGGAGGUGGUGGAGGUGCUGAGGAAGUUGGGGGAGUAG